AUGGCAGUAACUAUACAGCGUCUUUUUCAAGAAUUUAUGGCAUUGUUUUUAUACUUGUGGAUGUGUCAUUGUUUUUGUUCAACAUUGUUAUUUUCUACAAAUUUUUCCGCAAAAUAUCCUAAAUCAUGGCUCGCUCGUUAUCUAUUUCCCUAUUCAGUUGAUUCCUAUUCAGCCAUCCAAUCGGAUGAUGUUCCAAAUAGAAUUACAUUCAACAACUUGUUAAUCAAUUUUAUAUUGAUGGCCAUUUUCUCAUUUCAACAUUCAGCUAUGGCACACGGCCCAAUACGAAGAUCUAUUCAAAAGUUUGGUGGUAAAGUGGGUGAACGAGCAGCGUAUAUUGGAUUGUCAUGGGUGGCAUUGCAUUCCUUGUACGUCUUUUGGCGACCAAUAUCUCGAUGGGAAACAACGUUGUAUCACCUGCCGCCGAUCAUUGGAAAAUUUGUCGAUUUUAUGUUCAUUUGUGGAAUUGGGGCAACGUGUUUGUGUAUACAUUAUUGUCAACAUCCAAAAGAACAUUUAACAGCUUUCCACAAAUUUGUACGACAACCAGUUUUUGGUGCCCAAAUCUUUGGUCUUCUCAUGGCUAAACAAAUGUCAUUCGGUCGAUUUUUAUUUGUAUCUCUUAUGGUUGUUUAUACCUAUAUUGGUGUUGUUCAUCAUGAAAAAGGAAUUGAAAAGGAUCAAGGCACGGAAAUUUGGCAACUGUAUAAACAGACAACGUCAACAUUUUUUCCAUUGAAAAGAUAUUUAUGGGCAAUGCUCAGAGGAAAAGAAGAUGUUAGACGAUGGAAUGAACAACGCAAUGAGUUAUACAGAAGACAAUAUUGUACGGAAAAUGGUAAAAAACAAUAG